CAACAGAAAACGUUUUCUGUACUGGAAAAAAAUAGGAUCUCAUGUUCUAAUUAUAUUUGUCUUUGGAUUUGCUAACUGUCAUUCAAUACAAAAAAUUAAAGGCUGUGGAAUAUCAUGCUCCCAGGGAGUUCAUUGUAAACGCAAACCAACAUAUGAUAUGUUAAACCUGUUUUGCCGGGCAGCCCCUGAAUCAUUAACACCUCAUGUUUUGGAAGAUCUGAAAAUAUCUACGGUCAUGAAGUGUCCACAGUCCAAUCGGUGUUCUCUUCAUUUAAAUGUAAUUGGAACAGUAAAUCUUGAUGAUAAUAUCCGUGGGGUAGAAAUCUGUACUAUGUCACUGAGCUCUCAACAGAACCAAUGUAUGAACAUAAGGUUUAUAAAGAAUAAAGCAAAGAAGUCUGAACAUAAGGUCCAAGUUCAGGCUAACUGCUUUGAAGUGAGUGUUUCAGAACAAGUAAUUGUAACUAUCAGGACAGUGCCAGAUUAUUGUGGCAUUGAAAUAAGCAAGGAUUAUCACGUACAAGAUUGUCACAAUAAGGAUGUAGGAAAGAACAUAUUGCCCUGUCUGACUGGGAAAUUAGAUUACAUGAUCAAUGAGAAAAAUAAAAAUAUCAUUGUUUAUGUUUCUAAUAUUCCGGAAGACUAUGACUACAAUGUACGGCUAUGCUUGAAACAUAUCAGCUGCCAUGACACUGGAGCUCAUGCCCUGAUGAAAAAGGACAACUCUACAAAGUCUGUUACAUUGGCAUAUUCAGAAAUUUUGCCCUGUUUGUGCAUUGAGGGAUGGCCAGUAUUUCCAGAUUCACGAAGAACAAGGAUUUGUCCAUUUAAAAAUGAAAUUAUGGCUUAUAAAAAAAAAGACACUCCAUUCCAUCCAGAACAUAAUCCUGUCUGGCUGCAGCAUCAUCUUUGUCCAAGCUGAAGCACAGGCAUAGAAGAGGCCAGUAAGUGGGGGUGGGACUAGCGCUCCUCUGUGCUCACUUCUGUCCUAUCAAACUGUAGCAUGCAAAAAAAGGAAGGAGGGAGUUGCAGAUCAGCCUGCAGUUAAUGGAGAGACCCAGCACUCAGGGAGGAAGAGGAGUCAUGCAGAGUGAAGGACAUGCCCCCUCCAGAGCACAGAAUGAGAAACCUUGUCACAUAAAGAAUAUAUGUACAUGAUCAUGAUUAGGUAAAGAGUAAUAUAUAACUUUUUUUGUGAGAUAUGACAGGUACAAUUUAAGUAAAAUGUUUUGCGGUUGAGGGUUUAAAUUAAAUUAAUGAGACAACAUGUUCAUAAUGUUUUUUUUUAUGGAAACAUCAUGCUUUUUGUGCAUUUUUUAUACGAUUUAUUACUAUUAUUGUUGUUAUUAUUAUUAUCUAUAUUUUAUCUUGCAGUUGUGCAUUUUUUUUAUUUCUUGUUUGACGUUAUUUCUAGUGACGGUACAAUUGGAAGUGUGUUGGUAUCCAAAGCUUUGUCAUAUUUGUAUCAUACCUGAGGAAGGGGCCAGAAUAGCCCAUAAAUGCGCAGUAUGUUUUAAUAUUUAUUAUCCAUUCCAUUGUGGUGCAGCAGUUGGCAUCAGUUCGUGGCACCACCCAGCUGUCACGCCCCCUCCAUAGGCUUACAUUGAGGGGGCGGAGCGUGACAUCACAUGGGGCGGAGCCGUGAUAUCACUAUGCUCCGUCCCCCUGAUCGCCAGUAAUCAGACACGGAGCAAGCAUGCUCUGUUGGCUGAUUCUAAUGGGAUGCGGCGGGACCCCUGUGAUCAGGCAUUUUAUCCCCUAUACUUUGGAUAGGGGAUAAGAUGUCUUAACACCGGAGUACCCCUUUAAAAAACAAAAAAAUACUGCCACAAAAACUUCAACCAAAAACUGUGUGAAACCCCACUCCUAAUUAUUUCCUAUUCCUGUUAAAUCUACUUCUUACUUUAUGAAAAACUGCAACAAAAGCUGCAGCAUUUUCCCUAAAAACCAUGUGUGUCAACCACCAACCACUUACAUGUUUGUGCUGUACAAGUCUGUUAUACAGUGUUCAUAGGAUUAAAGGGGUACUCCGGUGG